AUGCAGCACGGCCGUCCCAGCGUGCCUUGCGGCACACACACACCGGCGGAGAGCGGGGCGGCGGUGGCAGCACGAGAGGCCUUUCCGUCCCAGCGGCCGCUAACGACGACGCUGAGGCGACAUGGAAGUGUAAGCGGCACGUCCCGAGGGAAACCCGACUCAUCUGGGAGCCGUGAGGCGGCUGGCGGCCGGACCUCCGGACCCGCGAGCAGGACGGGUGGGCGGAGUGGGCCGGCCGGAAUCUUCGCUUGUGAAGAUGCUGGAUUCCACUUUAACACAGGGCACGUGGCCCCUGGUGGAUCUCGGAAUGGUCUCAGUUUGGUGUACCAGUUACUAACAGACCUCAAAGAGCAGCGGAAGGAGAGUGGGAAGAACAAGCAUAGCGCUGGGCAGCAGAACUUGAACGCCAUCACCUACGAGACAUUAAAAUACAUAUCAAAAACGCCAUGCAGGAACCAGAGUCCGGAGAUUGUUCAAGAAUUCCUCACAGCAAUGAAAAGCCACAAGCUGACCAAAGCUGAGAAGCUUCAGCUGCUGAACCACAGGCCAAUGACUGCUGUCGAGAUCCAGCUGAUGGUAGAGGAGAGUGAAGAGCGCCUCACGGAGGAGCAGAUUGAAGCCCUUCUGCAUACUGUCACCAGCAUUCUGCCUGCAGGCCCAGAGGAUGAACAGAGUAAAAACACUAGCAAUGAUGUGGCCAUGGAAGAGGAAGACCCAGCGUAGAUGUGCACAGCUGGCCAGGUUGUUCGUGAAGUUCGAAACCCCAGCAGCCAUUUCCUGGAUGUUCAGAGGAUUGUGUAUUUGGUUUUACCCCCUCUCUCAAAAUGCCUGAUCUCAGGGUGGGUUGGGAAAAUCACAAAACUAAGAUAAAAAGAA